AUGUACUCAUUUCUCACAAAGAUUUUAAAUGUAAUCGCUUACAUUUGUUUCUUGGAUACUAACCUUUAUAUCGGUCUUGGUCCUCAAAAUAAUAAAUCCCCGUAUUCUAAUACACAUUCUACCUAUAUUACCCCAGCCUCUUUCACUUUUGGCAUUUGGGGCCUUAUUCAUCUUUUAUUAGGAGGUUUUGUCAUCUACCAAUUCUUCACCCCUACCGAGGAAAUCGUUGUUGAAGGUAUUAAUUGGCAUUUCAUAUCCAUCUCAUUCUGGAAUACUGCAUGGCUCGUUCUUUGGAUCUAUGACUUCCUUAUUCUUUCAUGCAUUGCCAUCCUUCUUGCCGUUUGCCAAUUUAGUUACGUUUACUGGAUUCUCAAACUUAAAUAUCCACCUCAAAAACUUGACGAACAACUUUGGAUUCACAUACCAUUUUAUCUUUAUCAUGCUUGGAUUAAUGUUAUCUUUCUCUUAAGUGCUUUUGCAGCUUUCUCACCUGAAAAAUUGACAGAUCAAGAACCAAGCCUUUUUACUAAAGUUUUGGUCUUUUUAGGAUUAUUUGUCCUUGGAGUGAUUGCCAUUAGUUAUGUUGAACAAUUUGAUUCUUUCGGUCCUAUAAUUAUUGCUUGGUCAUUGUACGGUAUUGCUGCAGGUCAAGAAGAUGAAUUUAUUCAUUGGUCUGCUAUUGUCAUUGGCACCAUUUCAGCACUGUACAUCUUUAAACCUCUCAUCAUUAAUUACAUCAUACGUCGACCAGAUAAUAUUGAUGCCGCUCCUCUGAUUCCAUAG